AUGAAUAGGUGGUUGGUGAAGCAGUUGUGGUACGAUGAUGAUUUUGACUGGUUACAUUUUCCAUCAAUUGGUAGCAGUGGUGGACUGCUUACAAUUUGGAACAAGAGUAAAUUGGAGAAGGAAGAUGAGAGAAUGGGUUAUAACACUAUUACUACUGUGUUGAACUCAAAACAAAAUGAUGUUAGGGAUGUGAAUGCAGUGAGGUCUCAUAAGGAGAGGAAUAGAGGUGAAUGUGAUUUAAGGAAUAAUGGGUUUCUUAAAAAUUUCAUUUUGUCACUGGAGUUGGUGGAUUUGCCUUUAGUUGGAGGUGCUUUUACUUGGUCUGACAUGCAAGUGGAUCCAUUGCUAUGCAGGUUAGAUAGGUUUAUGUUAAGUGUUGAUUUGGAUUUGUUGUUUCCUGAUGUUAUUCAGAUUGCUCUUAUUAGAGUAAUAUCAGAUCACAAACCAAUUAUGCUUAGAGCAGUUCCUAUGGGAAUGAACAAAUCCAAUACUUUGUUCAACCAGGUGGAUGGUCAAACAAAGUUUUCCACUAUGGAAAAGAAGGAGUUUGGGUCUGUGAAGAAGGAGAAGAUUGAGUUAACUGAGAAGAUAGAUAUGCUUGAUCAAAUGGAAGAAAGUCACAAAUUAUCUGACGGACAAAUAGCAAAUGCUAAGAAGAAGAGGAAUACAAUUGUGAAAUUGGAGAUAGAUGGAGCUGAAUGUUUUAUCAAGAUAGCAUUAAGUUUGGAAGAGGUUGAGAAGAUGGAGAUGGAGAAUGAGUUAUCAGAGGAAAAGGUUUUUGGUGUUGUAAAACAAUUUGGUGCUAACAAAUCUCCAGGACCUGAUGGGUUCUCUAUGAGUUUUUACAAGCACUGUUGGCACAUUUUAAAAGAUGAUGUUAUGAGGUUGAUGGAGGAAUUUUAUAGGAAAGGUGUAUCGGACCCGGCCGAUACGAGACCAAUACGCGAUAUUAACUACCUUGGACUGAAAUUUAAGAAGCCAGGAGUUGUGUGUAAAAUUGAUAUGGAGAAGGCUUUUGAUAAUGUGAAGUGGAAGUCUUUGCUUAGAAUUUUGGAGAAGCAUGGUUUUGGCAGUAAAUGGAUUGGUUGGAUGAAGUGGUGUAUAUCUACAUCAAACAUAUCUAUUUUGGUGAAUGGAAGUUCUACAGAUAAAUUUAAGCCUUCUAAAGGAUUAAGACAAGGAGAUUCCUUAUCUCCUUUCUUGUUUCUGUUAGUGGUGGAGGUGCUCUCUAAGUUGAUUGAUGAUGUUGUUUUGAGGGAUCAAAUUCAUGGCUUUAAGGUGGCUGAAGAUGGUAUUAUGGUCUCUCAGAUGCAAUUUGCAGAUGAUACACUGAUGUUUUUGGAUGCAAAUGUAGAUGAGGUAAGAAGAUUGCUUCUAAUUCUAACUACUUUUGAGUUAUUGACAGGCAUGAAGUUGAAUUUAGAGAAAAGUUCCAUGAUAAGCAUAGAUAUUGAUAAUGUUAUUGAAGAUAUUUCUCUGGAGUUGGGAUGUAAGGUGGAGAAAUUACCUAUCAAAUACUUAGGUCUUCCUGUUGGUGCUACUGCAAGGUGUGCUUCUGUGUGGGAUGAGGUUAUUCAUAGAAUGGAGGUGAAACUGGCAACUUGGAAGAAGAAAUUUUUAUCCAAAUCUGGCAGGUUGGUGCGUAUAAGGAGUUGUAUGCCUAGUUUGCCAGUCUAUUUCCUUUCAUUAGUUCAUAUGCCUGCUAUGGUUGAACUGAAAUUAACUAGAUUUAUGAGGAAUUUCCUGUGGGAUUUUAAGGAAAAUAGGAGAAAGAUGUGUUGA